CAAACCGAGAACACAAAACCGGACGAAGGUGGUUCCACAAAAAGCGUAGUGGACAAGUCGCAAAAGAAGGAUGCCACUGUUUCGGAGUGGAACAGUAGCAAGGCUGAUGAAGAGGAGAAGACAAACAAGCAGGAGGAGGAGGAAGAAGAGGAAGAGGGAGCAACAAAUAAUCGUAUAACACCUUCACUCUCCUCCUCCACGACAUCAUCAUAUGAAUUUGAUCGUCAAGACAGCGUAGAUCACUCCUCACAAAAUCAUAGUUCCACCACCUCGGAGUCGUUUGCUACUCAAGUUCAUCGUCCAGACGCCUCUACGAUGGUGUUGGAGCGUGCUGAUACCGUGCCCUCGGACUCAACUCCUCUCUCCUCUUCCAGCACACCUCCCUCUUCACCGAAACCAGAUGUGAAUGUUGUUAGUCGCAGUGUUGUUGUGGAUCCACCCUCCGCUUUUGCUGACACUCCAUCGCCUCAAAAGGACAUCUACUUCCCCUACCUAUCCAAAGUUCGCAAUCUCGAUCAGGAGGGAUGUGGCCAAGAGACACUAUAUCAACCUCUGAGAUUUGAUAAACCAACUCGUGACCCCUUCACUCUCCCAUCUCGAUCGCACGAUCUCAGUGUCAGUGUGGAGCAUCCCUCCAACUCAUUCUCAUUCACUUCAUCAAAAUCAAACACUGCCGACCAUCCAUUAUGGCCGAACAAGGAGGUAGUGAAGACACCCCUAGGCAUAGACAAAACUUCACUUCUCCUGCGUCAUGGAUACACACCACAUCGCGAUUAUGAAUUGGAUGGCUUAAAAACUCAAUUAAAUGUGGAAGUUGGUAUGAAGACGACCAAUGAGGUGGAGCCGAGGCCAACAGUAGUUCGAGCAGGUUGUGCCCCACCGGUGGAGGAACCGAUCAUUGUUGCCGAGUUCUAUGUGCCUCUAUGCGAUGUAAGUGCAAAACAUUUAGGCCACCCUCUUGUCUGA